AUGGCAACACUAGGAACAUAUAACUAUUCACCAGAAAAUGUUGCAAAUAUACAAAAAAAAGUUAAAGAGUAUUUAGGAUGCGAAGAUAUGGUUUCAGAAUAUAUUACAGUUAUGGUUAGAAAUAAUAAAACUCAAGAUGAAAUUUUAGGCGAUCUUUGGGAGUUUGUAGGAGGUUUAGAAAAAGCUAAGGAAUUUUUAGUUUGGCUUUGGAGUUAUAUACCUUCAUAUUUCGAAUCAUUACAAAAACCAGCCGUAGAUACAACCAUGACAUCAUCACCACCACCAACUGCAAUUUCACCAAAAGAUAAUGGUUCAAAUAAACCAACUCAAAGAAUAAUUUUAAAUGCAGCAAAACAAGCAGCAGAUGACACAAAGAAUAUUAGAAUACCAAUGUCAGAGGAAAAUGGUGAUAAUAUAGAUAUUAAUAAUAACAAUAAUAAUAAUAAUAAAUAUGCUGGGUUUAAGAAUAAAAAAGAAAAACCAAAUAAUCACCAUAAUAAAAAUAAAGGAAAAAAUGAAACCAACUUUACAAUUACAUUAAAUGAUAUAAAUAGUUUAGCCAGUGAUAAUAAUGGUAGUAAUAGUCCUAAUGGUUUAUCAAAGAAAAGAAAAAAUAUAAAUAGAGACGAAGAGGAUAUUAUUUCAAAAGAUAAUAGCCUUGAUGACCCAAUCAAUUCUCCAUUAGAAAAUUUAACAGCAAAAAAAUCAAAAAAAGAAAGAUGUCAAUUUUGGCCACUUUGUAGAAAUGGCGAAGCUUGUAUAUAUCACCACCCAUCAAUUCAAUGCUCAAAUUUCCCAAAUUGUACAUUUGGUAAUAAAUGUUUAUAUAUUCAUCCAUCAAUUCCAUGCAAAUAUGGAACAAGUUGUACAAACCCAGAUUGUGUUUAUAAUCAUCCACAAAGACCAGCAGUUCCAACUAUGGCCGAGAUUCCAUGUAGAAACGGUUUCGCUUGUCCAAAUAGAAAAACCUGUGGUUUCUAUCAUCCACCACCAGCUUGUAAAUUUGGUACUGCUUGUAAUAUGGGAAGAAAUUGUCCAUUUGGUCAUGGUAAACCAUGCUCAUUUGGUAUUAGUUGCGUAACUCCAAAUUGUACCUUUGCUCAUCAUUCAACAGAACAACCAGUCCCAGAUUGUAAAUUUGGUAAAGAUUGUACAAAUCCAAAAUGCAAAUUUACUCACACCGAAGAAAGAGAAAUCGAUAAAGUUGAAAUGAAUACCGAUCAAAUAUCAGCUACUUUACCACCAACUCCACCAACUGAAAUUGAGAAUCAAUCUGCAAUUAAUGUUUAA